CAUAUAUUUACCAUGAUAUGGUAUGUACCUUACUGCCACCAUAUUCUGUCAUCAAAAACAAAUCUGUACACUCCACCGCCAUCUCCAUCUAUAUUUAUACAUCUACAUCACACACAACACAAGAAUCCAUUGCUCUCUUCUACAGUUCAUAGAAAACCCAAUUUCAAAAUCUCCUGUUUUCCUCUAUAUGGGUAGCUUAGAAGAAGAAAGGCUAGUUCAGAUGGUACAUGACUUCAUUGAAUCAGGAUCUUCUCCACUGCCCAUUUUCCCUAAUUCCUCCAACUGCCUUUCUCUUGAUCAUCAAGCCACAUAUUUCACUUUACAGGAAAUUCUUGAAAAAAUGACAGAAGCAGAAAAUAAGGUUCUUCAGAGUGUACUGAGGCAUAUGAGAAGCCAAAAAGAAGCUGAAAAGGCAACUGGUUUGAAGAAGUGGCUUGUUACGAGACUCCAAAUGGAUGGCUUCAAUGCUUCUAUUUGUCAAACCUCAUGGCUCACUUCCUUGGGAUGCCCUGCUGGUGAUUAUAAUUACAUUGAUAUUAUACUGAAAGAUGAGAAAGGCAACAAGAAGAGGUUGAUAGUGGAUAUAGACUUCAGAUCUCAAUUUGAAUUGGCAAGACCAACAAAAUCCUACGAAGAACUAACAGACAUAGUUCCUUCAUUUUUUAUUGGAAGUGAAGAAAAACUCAAUAAGAUUAUAUCUUUACUUUGCUCAGCUGCCAAACAGUCUCUUGAAGAAAGAGGGCUUCAUGUACCUCCAUGGAGGUCCAGUACUUACAUGCAGUCAAAAUGGCUCAAAGUUAAUGCUCCUAAUACUAAUAUUGGCUGCACCAAAGAAAAUAGAGAAGCUAAAGAUGGUUGUUUUAAUAACAUUUGGACACCUCCAUUGGUUAAGCCCAGGAGAAGGGACUUGGGAUCUGCCUUGUCUACUCAGUUCUCUAACAUGGGCAUAAACUGUUGGUGAACAUUUUUGCACACUAAUUUUGGUAGCCAGUGAUUCUCCAAUUUUGAUUUUCUUUUCCUUUUUUCGCUUUUGUUGAAUAGAAUAAUAACUGCUUCUGCUUGACAGAGUAUAUCCUUUUUGUACUGACGCAAAGUUCAUCUACUAAAUAAUAUUUGCUUCCUUAUUGAUAAGUGUAAAAGCUUAUUUUUCUA